AUGACAUCUCAAGGACUGGUGGUUGAUGGAGGUGGUGAGAGGAAUGGAAUUGUUGGCAUAGUGGUUGGAAUGGUUGGAAUUGAGGGGAUUGUGGGGAGUGAAGUGGCUGGCAAUGGAGGUAAAGGGUUGUUUGGUAAUGGUGGCAGCGUCGCUUUGGGGAUGGUUGGCAUUGCAGGCAAUGGAGGCAAUGUGACUUUAGGAAUAGAAGGGAUUGUAGGCAGUGUUGGUGCAGGCAGUGGAGCAGAGGUUUGCAAAAGAUGGCGUGCCGCGGAGCUUAUACGGAGGCUUGAAAGUGAUAACACUAUGGUUAAACAUAGAACCACACAUGGAUUAGAAGCCACCAUUGUUCAACAGGAGCAAAAAAGAUCUUCCUUUUUUUCUCGAGUAUAG